AUGGACACAAGUGAGGAUUUGCCCAAUUCAAACGGAAACGAAUAUCCCGGGGCUUCUGGAUCGAAAACUAACCAAAAAGCGGGCUCUAAUGAUUUCGUACGCAAGCUAUUCAAAAUACUCGAAGAUGGGCAAUAUACCGAGAUAGCGAAAUGGAGUGAUGAUGGUGAUAGCUUCGUGGUUUUGGAUACAAACGCUUUCACCACACAGAUUCUUCCUCAGCAUUUCAAACACUCGAAUUUCUCCAGUUUUGUGCGACAGUUGAACAAAUACGAUUUCCACAAAAUAAAACGUACCACAGAGGAAAAGCAAAACUCGCAAUAUGGAGAGCAUAGUUGGGAGUUCAAACACCCGCAUUUCAAGAUCCACGAUGAAGAGCAGCUGGAUAAUAUCAAGCGAAAAUCGGCUUUGCAGAAAAAAAUCAUGUUGGAUGAAAAUACGGUGUUGGUGAAAAAUCAAAACGGUUUUGACAAUGGCCAAUUAGAUUCUACCACCGAAAUGCUACUUAACAAUACUGUCACAAAGUCAAAGUUCCAUCAGAUGAAACGCAGGGUCGAAUUUCUAGAAAAGGAAGUGACGUACUUGAAAAACGAAAAUUACGAGCUCAAACUAGGGUAUCAGAAAUCACAAUCCCGUUAUAACACACUUUUGGAAAACCUUAUAGCCACAAAAGAAUUCAGUAACGUCCUGGUGACGAAUUUCAACGUUUUGAUCAACAGUUUAACUUCUCAAGGCCUAGAGUUUCCGGCAACGCUCACUUUCAACGCGACGAUGCCAACGACGAAUUCCAUCAAACCGGUUGGAUCGCCACAAAUGAGUUCUGCCGUCCCCACGCUGCCGGCGAAAAGGUCAUCUCAAAUAGAAUCUGGCCCCCCUUCCACCACGCCACAGAUGAUUCUAGACCAUCCAAUACUGCGCCCUGGGUUUCAUGUACUUUUGGUUGAAGACGAUUCCAUAUGCAUUCAGCUCUGUUCCAAAUUUUUGAUGAAGUAUGGAUGCACAGUGGAAGUUGUGACGGAUGGGUUGUCGGCAAUUUCAACACUCGAAAAAUUCCGCUAUGACCUAGUACUCAUGGAUAUUGUGAUGCCAAACCUUGAUGGCGCCACCGCAACAUCUAUAGUCAGGAGUUUCGAUAAUCAUACGCCAAUCAUCGCAAUGACAGGUAACAUUGAGGACCAAGAUUUGGUUACUUAUUUGCAGCACGGCAUGAAUGAUAUAUUGGCGAAGCCUUUCACCAAAGACGAUUUGCAUUCAAUGCUGAUACGGUAUCUGAGAAAUCGGGUACCGCUGUGUGAGCAAAGGGAGGAGUCACAAUCGAAGGAAGCGCCGACACCGCCGUUGCCACAUGACACAGACGUCUCUAGUCUGAUUCGUGAAGAACCUCUCACAAAAAAACAGCACGUUUAA